AUGAUCCCUUGUAUCCUAAAAUUGGCCGACAAAGAAGAAGGUCCUCACGGCUGUGAUGCCCGCAUUUACAACAUUCAACGCCACAUUCACCAGCAGCAUAUAUUCCACCGGCAUCUCGGUGAUAUCACAAGAGUUCAAUGUUUCCACCGAAGUUGGCACGUUGGGACUGUCUUUGGCUUGCUAUCACAACUCUUCGCCACGACUAUCUUCAUCGGCCCAUUGCUAGCAUCGACUAUCGGCAUAAUAGGCGCGGCAGCUCUAAUCAUCGAUGCCCUCUUUAUGAACGAGACAUUUCCACCUGUUUUCCUGAUCGAAAAAGCUAACGAGCUCCGCCAACGCACGAAAAACUGGGGCAUUUAUGUUAUACAAGAGAAAAUCGAGAUCGCUCUAGGCGAGCUUCUUCGAAAGAAUUUCAGUCGAGCCCUAAUGUUCCUUUUCACAGAGCCAAUAGUGCUAUGUCUUAACAUCUACAUAGAAUUUCUCUAUGGCCUGCUAUACCUCUUCCUAACCGCGUACCCCAUCGUAUUCCAAAGAAUCCACGGCUUUGAAAAGGGUGUCAGUGGUCUUCCAUACCUGGGUCUUAUCAUUGGAGAGUUCAUUGGCGGGUUGGUCUUGACCGGAUCUUGGCUGUUCAGUAUCUUCCUCCAAGCGUUGAACUAUAUUGUGGAUGCAUACCUUCUAUUAUCACGACUCAAAGUUGCUUCUACUAGUGCUGCCUCUGCAUUAGCUGCAAAUAGCAUCUUGCGGUCUUCAGCUGGUGCAGGCUUUCCUCUCUUCGUAACCUACAUGUUCAACGGACCAGGUGUAAAUUGGGCUGGGACCCUGCUCGGCUGUGUAGCAGCGGCUCUGAUUCCAAUUCCUAUAUCAUUAUAUCUCUAUGGUGACCUGAUUCGAGCGAAGAGCAAGUUCGCUACACAGACUAUGUGA